AUGAAGGAAUAAGGCAGGUAUAGUAAAUUAAGUGAAGAAGAAGCAGCUGCUUAAUUUGAGUUGAGGUACUGAUUGUGAUUUACAUAAGAAAAUAAUAAAUUAUGGGUAAUUUGCUAGAAUAAUACGAGAAUAGUCAAAAAAAUAAAAAGGCAUCUAAAAUAUCAAAACCAUAAAUAAAUUAGUAGAAAUUCAUAGUGUUUAACUAAAAGAAACCAUUAUUAAAGAAUACAUAAAAUGAAUCAAAUUAAUUAAAACUUGUUAAAGAAGAAUCUCCUUAAUAGAAUUCCACUCCUUCUCCAGAAUCAGAGGAUGAAUAAAUACAAUAAAUUGUAGAGCCAAUUCCAAUUGCAUAACCUCCAUCUAUUAUUAAAAAUGAUAGUAAUCAUUUGAAAAAAAUAUUAUUGAAAGAUAUAGGUAAUAUAGAUUUGGAAAUAGAAAGAUUAACAAGAGAAACGAAAGAUUUUGAAAUAGAUAAAUAAGCAAAUAAAUCAUAAUUUUCUUAUUAAUCUUCUAGUAUUAAUAAUGGUGCUUCAAAGAAUAAUCCUAAAUAGAAUUCAUCUUAACAAUAAUAACAAAAAAAAUUAUAUAAUGAAUAAAGGCAAAGACCAUCAAGUAAAGAAUCACAUAUUUCAGAGUCUUCACAUAUAAAAAAGGUUGAAUGUUUUUAAGGAGUUAUGAGAAGUUAAAGUUUAAAGAAGCUACCUUAAUAAUAAUAAUAAUAAUAUAAAUUUUCUUAAUAAAAAUAUGGAUCAGAAAAAAAAAUAAAUUAAUCUAUUAAUAAAACAGUAACAAUAGAAUCAGAAAAUAAAGAAUCAACUAUAAAUAAGAUUUCAUAUAGCGAACGUAAAGCUCCAAGAUCAACAAUAAAUAGAAGUCAAACUAAAUAAUAAUCUCCUUUUAUUGAGAAAAAAUCAACACCUAUUAAGACUAUGUUGAAAGUAUAAUUUAAUUCAAUACCUGUUGGAUCUAAUUCUACUAAAAAUAAGAGUGUAUCCUAUUAAUUAUAGGAUUUUCAUUAGCAUAAAGAAUCUUACAAUAGUUAAGUUAAUUUACCAAAAAAUUAAUGUGUUGAAUCAUAAAUAGAAGAAGCUGUUUAAUUAUACAAAAAUUUAAAGUUCUUAAUGUAGAGUAAAUCUAAUGUUUUAUAGAUUAAAAAAGAUGUAAAUUAAAUACCUAGAAAGACUGUUGAUUUUUUUGUAAUAAAUUAUAAUAUAUUAUUAGUAACAUAAAGAAAUAGCUAAGCCAACUUUAUUUUGA